AUGGAUCCGAGAAUCGCCUGGUUUCAACCAGAACAACGUGGACCCGCUAACAACCUGUGGAUGCAGAUCUGGGAGACGACACAAGGGCUUGGAUAUUUGCAUGUAAAUAACAGUUAUACCACUGGACCUCACAGCACGUCGAGCCUGAACGCGAUCGUCAACGGGGCGUCGGGAGCCGUCCUCACUAGCAAAAACGGAGCGCUUGACUCAAACAUCGGUUGUGGAGAAGUCAAGACUCAGGGGAUGUCUGCCUCAACGGGCGACGGAGAAGUAACAGAGCAGAGGGACUUUAUACCACUGGACUCAAACAGCAACCACAACAACCGAGCCCCUGGGAGGGGUGGUGUCGGCGGAGGGGGGCAGCAGCAAGGCAGCGGGGUCGCUGUGCUGUGGAGGGGACUCUCGGACGGACACCCCAACAAAAGAAAAAGAGACAAUAAAGCUAGCACUUUCGGAUUCAAUUGCAGCCUCUUGAACAGUGGCGGGGACUCCAACACGGGAGGAUAUGAAGGUUACACGGGCACGCCUUGGAAAGUCAGGAACUACUCGGAAGGAGUUGUCGGGUUACAUGAGGAGAUCAAGGAUUUCUACGAGUAUAUCUCCCCUCGGCCAGAGGAGGAGAAGAUGAGACUGGAGGUGGUGGAAAGAAUCAAGGGGGUCAUCCAUGAUCUUUGGCCCAGUGCUGAGGUCCAAGUGUUUGGGAGCUUCAGUACUGGUCUUUAUCUGCCAACAAGUGACAUAGACUUGGUAGUUUUUGGGAAAUGGGAGACACUCCCACUCUGGACGUUGGAAGAGGCCCUCCGGAAGAGAAACGUUGCAGAUGAGAAUUCCAUCAAGGUUUUGGAUAAAGCGACGGUUCCCAUCAUUAAACUUACUGACUCCUUCACUGAGGUGAAAGUGGACAUCAGCUUCAACGUGAAAAGUGGGGUUAAAGCUGCUUGGCUCAUCAAGGAAUUCAAAGAGAAGUACCCUGUUCUGCCUUACCUGGUCUUGGUGCUGAAACAGUUCCUACUGCAGAGAGACCUCAAUGAGGUUUUUACAGGUGGAAUCGGCUCCUACAGUCUCUUUCUUAUGGCUGUUAGUUUUCUACAGCUUCACUAUCGAGAGGAUGUGUGUGGUCCCAACAUCAACAUUGGCGUGCUGCUUAUCGAAUUCUUCGAACUCUACGGCCGCCAUUUCAACUACCUGAAAACAGGCAUCAGGAUAAAAGAUGGCGGUUGCUAUGUUGCCAAAGACGAUGUUCAGAAGACCAUGAUGGAUGGAUACAGGCCUUCUAUGCUCUACAUUGAAGACCCACUGCAGCCAGACAACGAUGUUGGCAGGAGUUCAUAUGGUGCCAUGCAGGUGAAGCAGGCAUUUGACUACGCCUACGUUGUCCUUAGCCAUGCUGUGUCACCCAUCGCCAAGUACUAUCCCAACAAUGAGACUGAGAGUAUACUUGGCCGGAUAAUCCGGGUGACUCAAGAAGUGGAUGAGUACAGAGAAUGGAUCCGAAAGAACUGGGGGAGCCCAUCUCAAAAUGAUCCAUCUCUCAACAGAAAUGACGUCAAAUUGUUUGAAUCAAAGCAGCUCGAUGAGUGCAACAACAACGUUCCAGAUGAGGAUGAUGUUGUUGUGGUUCUGCCAUCGGUUCCCCACAGUAAAACUUCCUCAAACACAUCUUCACCAUCUCCCUCCCUUCGCUCCUCUCCCUCCUGCUCUCCGCUGUCACCGUCUUCGGCCUCCUCCACUACCACCUCCAGCGAUGCGGACUCUGAUGGCACACCAUGCAAGACAGCCAAGCAGCAGUCUGCUCGGGGCUCCAGUUCUCACAGAGAAAAGACCUCUGUGGCCAAUAAUAUCCGUGCACAGAAUCAUACCACCAGCACUCCAUCUACAAGCAACAAAGGAGGAAAGGCCAGGAUGUCUCGUUCCCACCAUAAGAGUGGUCACCACGGGCAACAGAACUCCUCCAGCACCAAAAGUCACCCGAACAACAAACCACACCACCAGGGAAACAGCAAGAAGAGGAAAAACGUGCGAGACCCUGCACAAGAAGAUCUCUGCAGAUAGGGCUUACUUUACCCACCCACACCCCCGCCUCCCCACCCUACACCAACCCCCGUCCUUGUCUGCACCUGACUGACUGUCCUGUCCCACUUCUGCUGCCAGACUCCAGCAUCGGGAGGUUGUUAGUAGAAUGAAAAGCUCUGCAGACACCAUUUACCCCAUUUUCAGGGUUACAAACAAUAUUUUCUAACAGAAAAAGGAAUAAAAAAAAAGGUGUUAUUGGAAAUGGGGUUAAUUUCUUUGACUUGGAAUGAAAUCACUGAGUAAAUGCUCAUUUGCUUCCCAGUGGCUUCUCUUAUGGAGCGAUAUUCCUUCCCACAGCCAGCCUCUUGCGCCUCCUGCUGUACAGGAAUAUACAGGUUAGUUUUCUGAAAUUAAUUCUGGAGCAACACCUGGAACUGCUGGCUGGAAAACAGAAUCAAACAUUUUACUGACCUCCUUAAAACUAUGGGGGGGAAAAAAUAAGCAUAAAAAAACGAGAAGAAAAAGAAAAAAAAAUGCAACAAGAAAGAAAAUAUCUUAAAUGUACAAAAACAAAAAUAUGUUGAGCAAAACAUGUACACUUUUUUAAAGAUGGCUACUUACAGAUGCAAUCAGUAAGAGUGGGACAUAACUUAUGCAUGAGAUUUUUCUGUUGGUUGAUUUUUCUGUCGGGUGAAUCUGUUUUAUGUCAAGUUAUACAUUUUUUUUUUUUUUUACAAAAACAAGCAUAGGCAAAAAAAAAAAACAAACAUAAAAAAACAUACAAGUAAGAACUUGUUUCAUAAGACAUUUUUACAAGAUAUACCGAUUGAAGUCAUGUUAACAUGCACAUCUCGUACCCGCUGUUAUUUGGCCGAAGCCAAGAAGCUGGUUUGGGUCCCAUUGCCAACAGAAAUCAUCAGCAUCUACUUUUACUCCUGGUUGCUCUCUGAGUGCUACAGUGUUAACAUUUCGCCUAAAGUGAGCCAGAACUCUCUUUAGUGCUCCAUAGAUGAUAGAAGAAGAAAAAAAAGCUCACUCUCAUUUAGUUCAGUAGCACAGCCACACCAGUGUAGAGGCUUUAAGAGUACAGGUUUGAAUAUAUUUGUGGUGAAAAUUGUUUUAUUAAAAAAAAUCCUACACUUGAAUUGUGUCAACAAUACGACUGUGGGCAAUAAUCUGUUUUUAUUUGGUAAUUUACCGACAACAGAAUCAUUUGUAUUUGUUAAAUGUAUUUAUUUUUUUAUUAAUUAUAUGAACAUAGUAUCGAUGCGUGUAUUAUCAAUAUUAGAGCCCAUAUCUUGGAGAAUAUUUGAAAUAGGAUAGUUGCGGGGAGGUGGCAUGGGGUAGGAACCAGUAUAUUCAGGUACAGUAAAUACCAUCUUUUAUCCUUUUUUUCCAGGCAGUUGAGUGACCAAGUUGCUUUGGAAAAUUAAAGAGACCAUUUUACAAGUCCUGUUAGCAUUUUAUUUUAAAACGUGGCUGGUCUACUUAAUCUAAAAGGGAGUUUUUUUUCUUAUUUUUGUUUUUGUUUAGUUCUAAUCUAUAAACUGACAGCAAAAUGCUUCAAAAUGUCUGUCCCCCUCUGUCAUUGCAAUACAACAACUAACCUGUAGAUGGAGCUCUUGUUCUAAGUCUUAAUCCAUACAGAGUUUGGGCUUGUAUACUGCAUUUGGACAGUUUAUUAUUUAUUUGUGAUUGACUGUAAAUGUGCUCAUAUCUAAACUGAAUGGGCAUCUGAACAUGGAAAACGCGUUAAAAUGAGUGCUUCCUUGGAGGGAAAACAUCAAAGCACAGUUCAAUGUCCCCAUUCCCUCCCUCCUAAGAAUCACCCACAAAGAUACAAGUAGCCAGCAAUAACCACCACGUUAUAUAAUCUUCGACAACGACUACUGAGACAAGUGAAGCACACUUGAGUCCACUUGAAGCGGGUUAAAUUUGGUAUUAAAAUGUUGGGAAGAGGAAAUGACGGGGACACCCCUUUCACCCACCAGUGCUACAGUUGCGGUUAAAAUGCAGUAUAUAAGCGCAUCUUGUGAUUGACAGAGGAGGAGAAAGGUGAAUCCAUUUAGCUGUGUCAUCUGAAUGUUCACUUACCACCUCUUUUCACAGCAGGAAGGCUUUGUACCCAACUGUACUCAUAUGAAACACUGUUCCUCUGCAGCAAUUACAAUUCAUGCAAUAAAAACAUUACCAUUUA